AUGCGCUCCUCGAGAGCAUUGCGGCUGCUACCGAUCAGCGCAAGGAAUCCGCAUGCAGCCUCUCAGACAAGAAGGAAACUGCAGCAGUCCAUCCGCAAUGGAUAUUGCACUGUCUGCGAGCCUCCUGCACCAGUGACAGAGAGGACGGCAGAGUCAACCACGAAUACCCCGAAAUCCUUAGCAGACCACCGACAGCUAGGCAUCGAGCAAGAGCUCUUCACGACCUCCAUCUACAGCCCCGGCUCCCCUAUGUUUCUUCCUAAUGGUACCAGAAUCUUCAACCGGCUGACGAAUUUCGUGCGCUCUAAAUAUGAUCUUUUCGGAUUCCAAGAAGUCAUUACUCCGACUAUAUACAAGAGGUCGCUCUGGGAGAAGUCAGGGCACUGGGAUCACUAUGCGGAUGACAUGUAUGCAGUCACUGGUCGAGGGGCGAAAGGAGGGACGGAAAACAAGCAGGUGGGAGAAGAUGAGGAGUAUGGGCUGAAGCCUAUGAACUGUCCCGGGCAUUGUCUCAUCUUCGCAUCAAAGCAAAGAAGCUAUCGAGAUUUGCCGAUACGAUAUGCCGAUUUCAGCCCUCUGCAUCGAAACGAGAUCCAUGGCGCGUUGAGUGGGCUCACCCGAGUACGGAGAUUCCACCAAGACGAUGGGCACAUCUUCUGUCGGCCGUCUCAGAUUGAAGAGGAAAUCUCGAGCACGCUGGGAUUUAUAAAACUUGCGUAUAAAGCUCUUAAGCUAGGACCAUACCGAUUGGCGUUGUCGACAAGACCCGCGGACCACUUCAUUGGUACAAUCGAGGAAUGGGAAAACGCAGAAGCAGCCUUGAUAAAGUCGCUGGAUGCCAGUGGCCAGGAGUGGACGCUCAACAAGGGCGACGGAGCUUUCUACGGACCCAAAAUUGACGUUAUCCUGAAGGAUUCGGACGGGAAGGAGCACCAGACCGCUACGGUCCAGCUGGAUUUCCAACUGCCGAAGCGAUUCGAAUUGGAAUACCAAGCCCCAGCAGCAGAAUUUGAACAGAAGGGCCUUACAACCGAAGAUCCAGAACUGUUGGCUGUCCAAGGGCCCGUCACGCCCGUUCUCAUCCACCGAGCAGUCCUGGGGUCUGUGGAAAGGAUUAUGGCGCUGCUGAUCGAGCACCACAACGGCCACUGGCCGUUCUGGUUGAAUCCCCGUCAGGUGAUGAUCAUCACAGUGAAUGACUCACUCCCCGUUGUUGAGUUCGCCCACAAAUGCAGAAAUGCGCUCACCAACACAUUAGAUGAAGAUGGAACGAGAGAAGAUACCUUGAAUAUGGGGGCCGCUUUCGGCCUCUCGGUAGACAUCGACUCCUCUGCUCGGUCCAUCGGGAAGAAGAUCCGCGAGGCAAAACAGAAGCGAUACUCUGUCAUAGCUGUGAUCGGCGAGAAAGAUAUUUCGGAGAAGAGUCUCGUGGUGGACCUCACAGGUAUUCCAGGGGCCGAGGGCGGGUUGCCGCAGAACAGGCUUCUGGCGAUACUAGCCGCAGAGAAGAAGGGCAUUCUCGACCAUGAAGCGAUUAGCCAGGUCAGUCAGGUUCCGGCGUUAAACCCAGGGGAUCUGAAGAAUUUGAGGAUGCCGCUGUCGGCCUUGAAGACCGUUCUCAACAGUAUACAAACACAGUAUCUGUAG